AUGACAGCGUCAAUUGGUUCGGCACAAGGCAAAGUGCAUCGGUCGCGAGCACCGACGGUGAAGAGCAUCUCUGCCAGCAUAGCAGAAAAGAAAGAUGAAAAGGUGGUCCCGGAAAAGGAGACUUCGUGGAGGUCCAUCUAUCUAUUGACUGCUAUCUGCAUGUUCUGCGGUGUUCAGUUUUCAAUAUUUUUCCCUACGUUAUGGCCGUUCCUAAAUCAGGUGGAUCCCACAGCUUCGGAGACGUUUUUUGGCAUCAUCACAGCCGCGUUCUCUGUUGGACAGGGUCUCGCAUCUCCAGCUUUCGGUUACUGGAUGAAUCGUUCAAGAUCUGUGCGUCAACCGCUUAUUUGCGGCAUCACAGUAAUGAUCAUUUCCAAUAUCAUUUUCUGCUUUGUGGAGGCAUUCAAAGAGAAGGAGAGGAGAUGGGUGAUGAUGGUGGCGAGGUGA